CGCGCCUACACGAAGGUCGACGCCCUUCACAAGGUCGUCUUCCGAGACUCGUGAGAACACCACUCGCCAGUCGGACGUAUCACCAUGGCCGCCGUCGCGUCCGUCAACACCGCGCUCCUCGGCGCGCGUCGCAACAUCGCGAACGCGCGCGCGACCCAGUCCGCAUCGUCCGCGAGACCGGUGCUCGCGCGCUCCGCCCGCGGCCUCACCGUCCGCGCCGCCGACGACGCUAAGGAGCCCAGGCUCGUGCGCGCCGCGAAGGGCCUCCCCGUGGACCGCCCCCCCGCCUGGAUGAUGCGCCAGGCUGGCCGGUACAUGAAGGAGUACCGCGACCUCGCCGUGAAGGUUCCCUCGUUCCGCGAGCGCUCCGAGAACACCGACCUCAUCGUCGAGAUCACCCUCCAGCCGUUCAGGGCGUUCAAGCCCGACGGCGUGAUCCUCUUCUCCGACAUCCUCACCCCGCUGCCCGCGAUCGGCAUCCCCUUCGAGAUUGACGACUACAAGGGGCCCAUCCUCGACCAGCCCAUCCGCGACGCCGAGGGGCUCAAGAUGAUGCACGACCUCGACCUCGACAUGCUCCCCUUCGUCGGGGAGGCGCUCACCACGCUUCGCAAGGAGGUGGGCGACGAGGCCGCGGUGCUCGGAUUCGUCGGCGCGCCCUGGACCCUCGCCACCUACAUCGUCGAGGGCGGCAGCUCCUCCACGUACAAGACGAUCAAGUCCAUGACCAUGACGGAGCCCGAGGUUCUCAAGUCGAUCCUGAGCAAGGUUGCGGACGCCGUGGGCGACUACGUCGGGUACCAGAUCGACGCGGGCGCGCAGUGCGUGCAGAUCUUCGACUCCUGGGGCGGGCAGCUCCCCCCGCACAUGUGGGAGCAGUGGUCCAAGCCGUACAUCCAGCAGGUUGUCGACAAGGUGCGCGCGACGCACCCGGGGACGCCCCUCACCCUCUACGCCAACGGCUCCGGCGGUCUGCUCGAGCGCAUGGCCACCACCGGCGUGGACUGCAUCGGGCUGGACUGGACCAUCGACAUGGAGGACGGUCGCAGGAGGGUGGGAGACAAGGCGGUGCAGGGGAACGUCGACCCGGCGGUGCUGUUCGCGCCGCCGGAGGCGAUUGAAAAAGCGGUGAAGGACGUCGUGAAGAAAGCGGGCCCGACGGGACACAUCCUCAACCUCGGACACGGCGUGCUGGUGGGUACCCCGGAGGAGAGCGUCAAGCUCUUCUUCGAUACCGCCAAGAAGUGCACGUACUAAACUGACUGGUGGGUACCCCACACGCGCGUAUCUUAGUGGGAGAGGAGAGGGUUGUCUUGCUCGGCGGUUGUGCCUAAUUUUUAUCACGACGAAAGAUUCGCCAACUGCUAAUAUAACGUGUGUUCCGGCU